UGCAGCUCGAAAACUUUCCCGUCUCGAAGUGAUUUCCUCCCUUGUUUUUACUUCCUGUUUUCUAAGGGAGUCACUUAACUCAGCUUUUCUGUGCUCAUCAGGGCUUCACUGAGCGUCUCUUCCUCUACCGGUAGUUUCCACCGAUCUCUCCGUGGCUCUCGAGACGGAACGCAAGCCGUACAUCGACCGCGGGACAUUCACACACACACAUAUUCUGCUUUAGAUGGAGGUCGGAGGGCUGAACUCAGUCGUGUCUACGGCUCUAAUGGAUUUUACGUAGAUUUGCGGUUUGUUUUAAUGCCUUUUACCGUCUCGCCGUCCGUUUUACUAUCAUUUCUCGCAUUCGGUUUCCUCCUCGGCGGAGUGUCGACCGCCCCUUUAACUCCAGCAACAAUGUAACGAACUCGAUCGCUUGUUCAUCUCUCUUUCGCCGAUAUCCGUGCGCGUUCGCCGCGUGUAAAGUUUCUCGUUAUCGUCACGGAUAACUGUUAUUUACUAGCCAAACUUUGCGAUGGCCGAGCUCCAGCGGCCGACGCUGUGUUGCUGUCGCAAAGUGCUGACCGUGCCCGGUAAGUCUUGCGAGGGCGGCCGGAGUCUGGCUCACUGUCGCCUGGUGGACGUCGCGUCAGCGUCCAACUUCCACAGCUUUAAACUCCGACAUUUCCACCUGGACCUUCACUUGAACUUCGCCGUCAAGAGGAUGACGGGAUGGCAGGUUCUGGAGCUCACGCCCGUCCAGCCCGGCGUCCAAUCUCUCAUUCUGGACACGCACCCUUCAUUAUUAAUUCAUUCCGUGGACUGUAAGGUGCCCGGCGUGUCCGGUGCUCCUGACGUGUUUAUGUCCCUCACCUACCGAGUAGAACCGUUCACCGAUUACGGAUCCUCUCUGAACAUCAGCCUCCCGGCCGCAGUGAACCGGCCUCACCGGGCUUUCCGUGUCACCAUCCGCUACACGACCACAGACGGCCCUGCGAUUUGGUGGCUGGAUGCAGAGUUGACAUGCGGACAAACCCGACCAUUGGUCUUCACUCAGGGUCACUCGGUCUGCAACCGGUCGUUUUUUCCCUGUUUUGACACACCGGCCGUCAAAAGCACCUACUCUGCCACUGUCAGAGUACCAGAGGGUGUUACUGUGUUGAUGAGUGCCUCAAGAAGUGCAUACUCUAAACAGGACAGGGUUUUCCAGUUCUCCAUGGAGUAUCCUGUCCCAGCCUACUUAGUUGCCCUGGUGGCUGGAGACCUACAGCAUGCAGAUAUUGGGCCAAGGAGUCGUGUGUGGGCAGAGCCCUGCAUCCUAACGUGUGCGGUCAGUAAACUGGGCGGUAGUGUGGAGCGCUGGCUUAAUGUGGCAGAGGGGCUCUUUGGCCCUUAUGUAUGGGGAAGGUACGACAUAGUGUUCCUUCCUCCUUCAUUCCCCAUCGUUGCCAUGGAGAAUCCGUGUCUUACCUUCAUAAUUUCCUCCAUACUGGAGAGUCAGGAAUUUCUGCUGAUUGAUGUCAUCCAUGAGAUUGCUCACGGCUGGUUUGGAAACGCAGUCACCAAUGCUACCUGGGAAGAGAUGUGGCUCAGUGAGGGUCUGGCCACUUACGCUCAGAGGCGCAUUACCACAGAGGCCUAUGGAGAAGCCUUCACUUGCCUUGAGACAGUCUUCCGUCUAGAUGCUCUUCACAGACAGAUGCGUCUUCUUGGAGACAACAAUCCUGUCAGUAAACUGCAGGCCAAAUUUGAGCCAGGUGUAAACCCCAGCAGUCUAAUGAAUCUGUUCACCUAUGAGAAAGGCUUCUGCUUUGUUUCUUACCUCUCACAGCUGUGUGGUGACAUAAAGAGAUUUGAUAGCUUUCUUAGGGCCUACAUUGAGAAGUUCAGAUUCACCAGCGUAGUCGCUCAGGAUCUGUUGGACUUCUUCCUUGGCUUCUUCCCUGAGCUGAAGGAGAGCUGCGUUGCUCAACGAGAGGGACUGGAAUUUGAGCGAUGGCUAAAUGGCUGUGGUCCGCCGUUGUGUGAACCAGAUCUCUCUGCGGGUAGAGCUCUAACUGGUCCUGUUCAGCGCCUGUGUGACCUCUGGGGCACAGACACCCCUGAUCCCCAAGUGAUUGCUACAUUUGACCUCUCCUCCUGGAGCACCUUUCAGACUGUCCUCUUUAUGGAUCGACUUCUAGACCGCUCACCUCUGCCUCGAGAGGUGAUGAGUCUUUUGUCAAGCUGCUACUCUGCAUUGUUGGACGGUAUGAACGCUGAAGUCCAGAUUCGAUGGCUGCAGGUUGUAGUGCGGAACAGCUUUUAUCCUGAUCUGCCUCGAGUCCGCAGCUUCUUGCAUAAACAUACCUCAAGGAUGUACACAGUGCCUCUUUAUGAGGAUCUGUGCGGAGGAGUGAUGAAGUGUUUUGCUGUGGAGGUAUUUUAUCAAACUCAGGCCCGUUUGCACCCUAAUCUACGUAGGACACUUCAGCAGAUACUGUUCCAAAGCAGCGCCCUCAACACCAGCACAGCGCCAUCUCUACUCGUAUCACCAGCCUCUGCCCCUUCCUCACCCACAGACCCCCCUGCCAACGGGACCAUCGCCCUGCGGGACGUCAAUGUGUCUGCAUGAGAUCCCAACUUCUGUGGAGAAGCAGAAGGGUUGAGGUGAAAAACCAGAAGGACAGGAAUAGGACAGGGUUUGAACUCCUCGAUUCAGACUGGAUGCAUUGUGGGAGGGCAGCACUGAUGGGUGUACACUCUCAACAACACUGGGAUGUCUAUUUAAAAAGGCAGACACUGAUUUUCAUAAGCUAAAUGUAAAGCUGCUCAGGACUGUGGAACAAAAAUAGAGGACGGAUGUUUGUGGUGUGUGUGUGUGUGCGCGCGCAUGUGUGCACUUAUGGAUAGGGCUAUAUCACUAUCAAGGAUUCUGGUUGCCAUCUGUUAUCCAUUACCCUUUUUUAGUGUGUGUGUGUGAAUGUGUGUCUGCUUGUUUUGCAUAUGUUCCUCUGGCCUAUGCACAUCAUCUCAUAUGUUGUGUUUGCAUCUAUUCUCCAAUACAACUGAGGAAUCAAUUGGAGGACUUGACCAGACUUCAGAGACUUUCCUUUUGCUAGCUGCACAGAUGUGUUCAGUGGAGGACCAAUCCCUGGCGAAUCCCUUUCCUGGACAGUGUUUGAGAACUGGUGUGAAUACACAUACAGUCUGUACUCUCUUCAAAUCCGAUCAUGGCCUAAUGAAGACCCUACAGAUUCCACAUGCUCUCAGCCUUUCUGUGAUAAACGGAUUGCUUCCUUUUUGUUGGAUUUUUCAGUAACUGGAAUCUGGCUUUCUCAAGCUUCUCUUUCCUGGUGCUAACCAAUCAGCAUUGAGUCUCAGGUAUCAAGACAGAAGAAGUGGAGCCAUGUUAGUGCCUUUCAAACCUUUCAACACUGUGGGUGUUUUCAGCACUGCUGUCCAAAUCAACAGCCUGUAUUUGUUAUUUGAGCCUUACUAUUGGUGACCACUUGCAACAUUUGUUAAGAUGUUAUUUUCAGGAAUUGAGAUGCUGUGGUGAAUCUGCAUUGGAAGAAAAUGAUUCUAUUUUUAUUUUAUAAUAGGCAAAUUUCCCUUAAAUUAGUAACAUUUGAAGAGAAAGGAACCGAUUAUGAUUUGUGAGACUGCAGUGAGUGUGGGGGAGUUACAGGCUGAUCAUCUGUGGCCUUAAUGGCAAGCACCGUGCAAAGACAGGUUCAGUUUUACAGGUAUUAAAAGACAUAAGAGAGCACUUUGUUUGUUGUGUCAAAGGAAUCCUACCUUGGAUUACACCUUCUCGCAUAAAAGGUUAUAUGGCAGACAGACUCAUCGGCAAGUGAAAUAGUUUCUCUAACUUAUAGAAUCAUAGCUUUUGUUGAUUGGAGGCUUAAACUGCACAGCCAAUAAUAAACGUGUUUGUUUUCCACCCUCA